GGAGGAGGCGGCCCUAGCGCCAUUUUGUGGGAGCGAAGCGGUAGCUGGGCUGCUCUUGGAUCCCUCGCUGCUUCGGUUUCCCUGUCGGGCUUCCUAGCAGCGGCCUAGCGGAAAAAUAAGAAAAGAUGUCUGAAUAUAUUCGGGUAACCGAAGAUGAGAAUGACGAGCCCAUUGAAAUACCAUCAGAAGACGAUGGGACAGUGCUGCUGUCCACAGUUACAGCCCAGUUUCCCGGGGCAUGUGGACUGCGCUACAGGAAUCCAGUGUCCCAGUGUAUGAGAGGUGUCCGGCUGGUAGAAGGAAUUCUGCAUGCCCCUGAUGCUGGCUGGGGAAAUCUGGUAUAUGUUGUCAACUAUCCCAAAGAUAACAAAAGAAAAAUGGAUGAGACAGAUGCUUCAUCAGCAGUGAAAGUGAAAAGAGCUGUCCAGAAAACGUCUGAUUUAAUAGUGUUGGGUCUUCCAUGGAAAACGACUGAACAGGAUCUAAAAGAAUAUUUUAGUACCUUUGGAGAAGUUCUUAUGGUUCAGGUCAAGAAAGAUAUUAAAACUGGCCAUUCAAAGGGGUUUGGCUUUGUUCGUUUUACGGAAUAUGAAACCCAGGUUAAAGUAAUGUCACAGCGACAUAUGAUAGAUGGACGGUGGUGUGACUGUAAACUUCCUAAUUCUAAGCAAAGCCCAGACGAGCCUCUGAGAAGCAGGAAGGUGUUCGUCGGGCGCUGUACAGAGGACAUGACCGCCGACGAGCUGCGUCAGUUCUUCUGCCAGUAUGGAGAAGUGGUAGAUGUCUUCAUUCCCAAACCGUUCCGGGCCUUUGCCUUUGUUACCUUUGCAGAUGAUCAGGUUGCCCAGUCUCUUUGUGGAGAGGACUUGAUCAUUAAAGGAAUCAGCGUACAUAUAUCCAAUGCUGAACCUAAGCACAAUAGCAAUAGACAGUUAGAAAGAAGUGGAAGAUUUGGUGGUAAUCCAGGUGGCUUUGGGAAUCAGGGUGGGUUUGGUAACAGUCGAGGGGGUGGAGCUGGCUUGGGAAACAAUCAGGGUAGUAAUAUGGGUGGAGGGAUGAACUUUGGCGCCUUUAGCAUCAAUCCAGCGAUGAUGGCUGCAGCCCAGGCAGCGCUGCAGAGCAGCUGGGGCAUGAUGGGCAUGUUAGCCAGUCAGCAGAACCAGUCGGGCCCAUCAGGUAACAACCAAAGCCAAGGCAACAUGCAGAGGGAGCCAAAUCAGGCCUUUGGUUCUGGAAAUAACUCCUAUAGCGGUUCUAAUUCAGGUGCAGCAAUUGGUUGGGGAUCCGCAUCAAAUGCAGGGUCUGGCAGCGGUUUUAAUGGAGGGUUUGGCUCAAGCAUGGAUUCUAAAUCUUCUGGCUGGGGGAUGUAGACAGUGGGGUUGGUAGAGACUGGUGGGAAUUCAAAUUUUUCUAAACACAUGGUAAGUAUAUUGUAAAAUACAUAUGUACUAAGAAUUUUCAAAAUUGGUUUGUUCAGUGUGGAGUAUAUUCAGCAGUAUUUUUGACAUUUUUCUUUAGAAAAAGAGGAAAAGCUAAAGGAAUUUUAUAAGUUUUGUUACAUAAAGGGUUGAAAUAUUGAGUGUUUGAAAGUGAACUGCUGUUUGCCUGAUGGGUAAAAACCAACACACUACAAUUGAUAUCAAAAGGUUUCUCCUGUAAUCUUUUAUCCCUGGACUUGUCAAGUGAAUUCUUUGCAUGUUCAAAUGGAAACCAUUGAUUAGAACUACAUUCUUUUCUCCUUGUUUUAAUUUGAACCCCACCAUAUGGAUUUCUCCCUUAGGAAAAUCUCCUUUUUGGAGAUCAUGGUGUCACAGUGUUUGGUUCUUUUGUUUUUGUUUUUGUUUUUGUUUUUAACACUUGUCUCCCUUCACAUGCAAAAGUACAAUAUGAAGCCUUCAUUUAAUCUCUGCAGUUCAUCUCAUUUCAAAUGUUUAUGGAAGAAGCACUUCAUUGAAAGUAGUGCUGUAAAUGUUCUGCCAUAGGAAUACUUCUGUCUGCACGCUUUCUCAUUCAAGGACUCGUCAGCACGCUGCACAGGCCGCGUCUUUGACGGUGGGUGUCCCAUUUUUAUCCGCUACUCUUUAUUUCAUGGAGUCGUAUCAACGCUAUGAACGCAAGGCUGUGAUAUGGAACCAGAAGGCUGUUUGAACUUUUGAAACCUUGUGUGGGAUUGAUGGUGGUGCCGAGGCAUGAAAGGCUAGUAUGAGCGAGAAAAGGAGAGAGCGCGUGCAGAGACUUGGUGGUGCAUAAUGGAUAUUUUUUAACUUGGCGAGAUGUGUCUCUCAAUCCUGUGGCUUUGGUGAGAGAGUGUGCAGAGAGCAAUGAUAGCAAAUAAUGUACGAAUGUUUUUUGCAUUCAAAGGACAUCCACAUCUGUUGGAAGACUUGAAGUGAGUUUUGUUCUUAGGUAACCCGCGUCAGCUGAAUGUGUUAAGUGAAACGAUACUUGUACCCCCCCCACCCCUCCGUCAACUGCUGUGAAUGCUGUAUGGUGUGUGCUCUCUUCUGUUACUGACCUGUAAGUGUGCUCAUGUGAACUGAAGCUGGUGGCUUGAGAACAUGGACUGAGCUUGUGGCGUGCUUUGCAGGAGUACUUGGAAGCAGAGUUCACCAGUGAGCUCGGGGUGUCGCAAAGAAGGGUGGAGGUUCCUAUGUCUGUUAGCCACCCAUGAGAAUGCUGUCUGAUGCAGUUCUGUGUCCUGUGCUUGGAUGCUUUUUAUAAGAGUUGUCAAUGUUGGAAAUUCUUAAAUAAAACUGAUUUAAAUAAUAUGUGUCUUUGUUUUGCAGCCCUGAAUGCAAAGAAUUCAUAGCAGUUAAUUCCCCUUUUUUGACCCUUUUGCGAUGGAACUUUCAUAAAGUUUCUUGGCAAUAGUUUAUUUUGCUUCAAAUAAACUUAUUUGAAAAGUUGUCUCAAGUCAAAUGGAUUCAUCACCUGUCAUGCAUUGACACCUGAUACCCAGACUUAAUUGCUAUUUGUUCUUGCAUUGUCCAAAGUGAAAGUUUUUUUUUUCUUUUUAAAUCUAGUUUUUAAUAAGUCUGGGUGACCACACCUAAAAUGGUAAGCAGUACCCUCCAGCUUUUUAUUAGUGCCUCUGUGCAUUUGGGUGAUGUUCUAUUUACAUGGCUUGUAUAAAUAUCCAUUGGGAAUCAUGCCUUCUAAAAAUAUUCUUAUUUGAGGGAGUGGGAAAAACAAUGUUAAUUAUUUUCAAAUGCUUUGUAGCAAAGCAUAGCAGUCGAAAAGAAGGGAAUAUCAGCACCUUUCUAGUUCGGGAUUGAAAAGUGGAAUUAAUUGCAGUAGGGAUAAAGUAGAAGAAACCACAAAUUAUCUUGUGCCUGAAUCCAUUACAAAGCCUGAUAGCUUUAAGAACUAGCAGGGUGGGUUGUCUGUCUGGAAGUGUUAAGUGAAAUGGGCUUUGUCCUCCGCAAGUGGGGGUUGAAUAAAAUCGUUUACAAACUCAGAGUAGACUCUCACGACGCAUUGUGAAGUAUGUAAAAGCAAUAAUCUAUUGAUUCUCUGUUGUACUUUUUAUGUAACUACUGUGAGGGUUGAGCUUGUUUUCUGAUGGAAGAAUGAACAGUUUUUGUGUUGGUAGCUUUACCUGAUGCCCUUAUCUGAUUAGAUUAUGAUAAAUAGGUUUGUCAUUUUGCAAGUUACGUGUUUUAACUUUUAGAAAUGAAGUCGUCCUUUAGACUUGUGAUCGCCACGUUGUUUCGUUAUUCAGUUUCCUCUGUAAAAGGAUCUUGCGUUGUUUUAAUUUUUUUUCUGCAUCUAAGUUGCAUGAUUUCCAAACCCUGUACCAUCUGAAUUUUGCAUUUUAGCACUUGCACUAUUACUCAGCAGCAGUAACAUGGUAACACUUAAAAUGGUAUUCGGGGACCUCCAAAGACUAAACUGACAAGCCUCCAAGGAGCCCGGGGUAAGUUCACUUGUCAAUGGCAUGGUUUUAAUCCCUUAUUUACACUUGUUGUAAAUCUAGUUACCCGUCUUAGAAGGCUUUCAGUGUGGAGCAGCCUUCUGUUAACAUGUUUGUGAUACCAGUAGCUGUGGGUAUUUAAUUCUACCCUAAAAAAAAAAAAAGAAAAAAUGAAGUCUAGAAGUAAACUAUUUGGCAAAGAUUUUGUUUUUAAAAGUCUAUUUGGUCAUCUCAAUGCAUUCAUUCUCAAAACUUUUUUGAACCAGUUGAAUAAAAAAUUUGUUGCCACCACAGUUUAGUGUCUGGAGUCUUACUGGAAAAAUACAAUUUCUUUUUUAUAUGUGACAAAGGUGAUGGAAAGUUACCUUUAAAAAGUGAGUCUCAAGAAGUUCCCCUUUAAUGUGCACAAGAGAAAUUGGGCCAAAACUCACAAUGAAUUUUUACGAGUGAUAAUUAUUUGGCUAGAAUGAAACCCUUUGUUAAAUGUUAACCUAUUAAAACUUUUUAAGGAGGAACAGCCAACAAAAAUGACAUGAGAUUUUUAAGGUUGAGUCGGCUUAAAUUGUGUCCUUAGGAAAAAGAAGAUGUAUGUGAUAAUUAGAAUAAUUUGUUGUUGAGUACUAGGUGAGUAGCUCUUAAUUGUGUAUGAGUUCUAUACUUUACUCAGCUAUUGUAUGAUUUGUGAUCCGUUGUUCGUUAAGUGUGCCCAAGUAUUUCCAUGUUCGUUGUAAGAAGAAAACACUAUAGAUUUAUCUAUAAUAACACCACUGAAUUCUAAUGUAUUUCUUCUUAAGGAAAUGGCACAUUCAAUUCAGCGUUUUUCUGUAUGUGAACAUUAUUUAGGCUAUUUCCAAGUGCCAGGAACAUCCUCACAGCUAAGAUAAAUUCUUAACAUCGGAAUUACUAGGUCAAAGACUAUGCAUGCUUUCAAGGCUUUUCAAAUAUAUUGCCAAAUUGUCCUUUAGAAAAUGUGUGUUGUCUUUGACAAUGUGAAAUAGUGCUAUUCCAUGUUUUUUUUGUCUGCCAAUUUGGUAAGUGAAAAAUUAGAUCUCACCAAUUUGUGGUAUUGGUUUUUAGACAUGGGAGUCAGUCAGUACCUAAGCCAAAGUAUCGAUGUGUCCAGUUUAUUUACAAAAAAUCAUGAUUCAGUGUUAUCCCUGAGCCAAUAUUGCUAUAAUAGAUAAAGCUGUGUUAGAGAUCAGUAAGAACAAGCCCCGACAUGGUGGAAACGUAGUCAGAGAACAUGAACAGGCAAUUCGUAGAAAUGUAGAUAACCAGUACAAAAUAUACUGGACUUUGUAAGUAAUUAAAUGCAGAUUUAACCAGCGAGUUUCUCUUGGAUUGGCAAAAGUGAUCCCACCUAAUGGUCUGUGUCCCCUUGAAUCAAAGAGUAAGAGACGAAAAACCUGGCGAAGGAGAAGCGCCCGGAAUGGCAGUCUGACCCAUGGUGUGGCAGUGGUUUGGGGGUUAGAGCGACAACUGCUGUGUUCGUGUCUCUCAGGCCACAUGGGGCUGCUAAGACCUUUUACAGGAAUUUUUAAAAUUAAGGAAUCACUGAAGACCUACAAAUUAAAAAUUGUUAAUUAUGUUCUUGAUCCAGGGAAUAUAGCUAAUAACUUUGGUGUAGACUCCAUACUGAUUUGCUUCCCCACAAUUAAUGGAACCCCAGGACACUGUUCCUCCCACAAACCAUCUCUGUGUCUCAUUACCUAGAAACACCAACGCCCCCCCCCCGUCCCCUUUACAACUGUCCUUGCCCCCACCUUCUCAGCCAGCACAAAACGUGUUCUCCGUUACCCCUCCCCCUGGAUAGGAGUGCUUCUCAUACGCAGCAGUACAUUUCUGAUGGUCGACAAUGGUAUGUCAACAAACAUUAGAUUUCUGGCAAGAAAAAACCCCUCUGGGUUAAUCCCCAUCCAGAUGCGGUUCCAAUGUCAUUUGUCCUCAUGAAGGAUUCAGCUUCCUUUCCUGGCAAACAGGCAGGUUGUUGUUAUUGAUUACAACUCUUCUUCAAUUUAAUCAGUGCUAUGUCGUUAUCAAAACCAGCAUCGUGAGUAUAACCUUCAUGUAUAAAAAUGGCCUCGGCCCAGGCUUGUGUGUAAUGAGCUGACAGUCUCUUCAGGGUACCCAUUCUGAUGUCUAAGGAGGAGGCAGCUGCUUUCUGCACGUAUACAGCCUGAGCAGCUAUUAGGAUCCAGCUGUCCUGCAGGAGUGCACCCGCUGCUGUAGCUUGGCCUAAUAACAGGACUUGCCAGGGGAAAUCACCAAGCUUUGCCUUCUGCCCUCCAUAUAUACGACCUCCUAUGGUACGAGUUGAUAUUCCAGAAACUGGGGAAAGAAGCAGAUAGAGCCUUUAUAGAAACCGGGCGGUGGUUUUUCCCACAGUUAUUACCACUUUGGAAUUGUGUCUGAUGUCAUCCAAAAGUUACCUCGGGUUGAUUGGGUGCCCACCUAAACAGGUGAGGCUGCUUUAAAACACAGUUCAAAGACCCGAUAAAACCUCUUGGUAAAAAUGAGGUGAGUGAAAAUUAACUUUUAGAACUAAUUUGUUUUGCUAAAAUAAUUUGGUCUACACAAUUGGGAAAAUUAAUAGGGCAAACAGGAAUUGUCUGAGCUGAUGUACUGGGUGAUGUGAUUAGAAAGUGAAAGGAAAUGACCUUUUCAUUGCUUGUUUUCCUACUUGUAAAAUGGGGUAUUUACCAUGUAGUUCUGGGAAAGCAGGAACUAAGGUCACUAUCCCCAGGAUUUGCAAAAUUCGUUUCACCUUUGAACAUAACAAAUGUUUUAAAAAUCAGAAUGUUGCAGUUGUAGCCAGGAACCUUCAGGUUCAGAAAUUAUUUUUGGUCUAGUUGAUGCUUCCAAACUAAAUUUACUGUGUAUGGCUAACUGAAUCUGCUCAUUAAUGUAGCAGCUAUGUUUCCUGUUGUGUCAGAAUACUGGCAUUAACACUUACAAAUGUUGUGUCAGCUAAGAUAUUUUUUUAAAACAAUUUAAGCCAAAUAACAAAGGAGUAAUGAAUAUAUUACCACCUUAUUUUUUUUAAUCACUGUACCCAACCUUAUCUUCAGAGUCAAUUCUGGUAAAAAAAAUUUUUUGAGUACUAUUAAAAAGCAAAUUGCAUUAAUGUUUAAAAACUAGAUGUCAUUUAAAACAAUUGCUUAGGGAAAUAAUGAAGUUAUUAGCUUUGGGGUUUUAAUAGUUAUACAGAGAAAAGUAACUCCGCAGCAGAACUCGUGUUUAUAAAUGUAAAAGUGGUUCAAGAUAAUUUUUAAAAUCAAUUAUUUAUGCUUGCCUAGUUAUAAGGUCAGAAAUAAUCAAGUGACUGAUGAAGUCAGCACCUAACAACCUCUCCGUCCGGAAAGGGGGUUCGAUGAGAACGUAUUAUUUGGAGAUAACAACUUGGUGUAAGAGCCAAGUGCUGAAGUUCCAUUUCUGCCCACCACAGCUAAAGCUCUGCUGAUGUCUCCCACCCAGUUCUACUUCCAUCAGUUACGAAUCUCUUGUAUAAAUGUAUCCAUUACCAGGCUCACAGACUGGGAGUGAUGUUUCUCCUUUGGAGCUCGUCCAGAAUCCAUCAGCCUCACACACAUUUACCUGCAAAUCAUUGGAAAAGCAAAAAUGUUUAACUGCAUGUAUAAGGUGGUUGUCAUUUGCUUGAAUACCCCCUUGAAAAAUGUUGAUUCUUGAGCAUCAGUGGGAAAUAGAGGUGUCUGAAUAACCAUUUUACAUGAUUUCAUAAAUAGGAGGUCUCUGCAUUAACCAUGUUUUGCUUGCAAAGUGGAAACCUUUUAGAUGUGUAACUUGAAUAUGUAUCAAGAUCUCAAGUGCUUAAUGAUAAGGUUUUGACUUGUUAAAUUAAACCAUUUGGAAUAUA